UGUUAAUCCUGCUGACUGGUGGCUGAUCCGACGAUGACCUUGGCGUCUCAGCAGCUGCUUUAAAACGACUUGGGGUGGUGCCUUUUGGUAUUGGGACAAGAAAUGCUGAUAAUCUUGAGCUGCAAACCGUCUCCUAUGAUCCCAGCUACGUUUUGUCUGUCAAUGACUUUGGUGAGCUGCCAAAUAUUCAACAGCAGCUUUUCUCGUUUGUGAAUAGGAUUACCAGGCAGAGACCACCGCUGUUAACGACGCCUGUAGUUGAAAGUGACGCCGGCAGGAGGGACAUUGUGUUUCUGCUUGAUGGUUCAGAAAACACUAGAAAUUCAUUCCCUGCCAUCCAGGAAUUUGUUAAAACCGUGGCAGAAAAAUUUGACGUUGGGACAAAGAAAGCUCAGAUCUCUGUUGUAUAGUACAGUGAUGACCCCGAGGCGAUGUUUUAUGUAAAUUCCCAUCCGACCCAAGAAAGUGUCCUUCGUGCAAUAGCUAGUCUGCAACACAAAGACGGCCGAGCUUUAAAUACUGGCAAAGCCCUCCAGUUUGUGAAGGAGAAUGUCUUUAUUACGCCCUCUGGCAGCAGACAUCUUGAGGGCGUCCCUCAGUUUUUAGUUGUUAUAGCUGGUGGCAGGUCAAGCGAUGACAUUCAGGAUCCGAUAAGAGCUCUGAAACAGUCCGGGGUUGUGCCUUUUGGCAUUGGCACUGUCAACACUGACACGCUGGAGCUGCAGUCUUUGUCUUACACCCCAGGCUUUGCCUUUUCUGUGGCUGAAUUCUUGGAUCUUCCAAAAAUCGGGCAGCAGUUGUCAUCACUGAUUGCAAGAGUUAAUGUCCCGAGGGAGUUAGAAACGCCAGCUGCCAAAGAAGUCGACCCCAUCAAAAGGGAUGUUGUGUUUCUUCUCGAUGGCUCUGACGAUGCUAGCAAUACAUUUGCGGCAGUUCGGGACUUUGUUUUAAGUGUCGUACAAAGCCUUGAUGUGGCUGAAAACCAAGACCGAGUGGCUGUUGUUCAGUACAGCAAUACUCCAGCCGCGGACUUCCACUUAAACUCCUACUCGACAAAGGAGAGCGUGCUAAAGGCAGUGAGGAAUCUGAAAGCCAAAGGCGGGACGCCCCACUACACUGGAGCAGCACUGCAGUAUGUGAAGGACAAUCUCUUCACUCCUUCAGCUGGCAGCAGACAUCUAGAGGGGGUCCCACAAAUUCUGGUUGUGCUCGCCAGUGAAAGGUCAAGAGAUGCCAUAAGAGGCCCUGCCGCUGCCCUGAAAAGACAGGGAGUUGUGACCUUUGGCAUCGGGACCCGCGAUGCUAAUAUUCUCGAGAUGCAAACUCUCUCCACUGAGCCCAGUAACGCUUUCACUGUCUCUGACUUUGGGGACCUGCCGAACAUUCAGCAGCAGCUUCUGAUCAAAGUCGCCAGACAAACUGCGCCGGACUCGUCGGCGGUGCCAGUGGCAUCAGAAGGAGCCAAAAGAGACAUUGUGUUUUUAAUGGAUGGAUCUGAGGAGAACAAAAGCAGAUUCCCUGCAUUGCGUGAAUUUGUGAUGAAGAUGGUGGAGAAUCUGCUUGUGGCGGGAGACGAGGACCGUGUAGCAGUGGUUCAGUUCAGUGAUGUAGCUGAGCCGGCUUUCUACCUGAACACCUACUUAAGAAAGGAGGACAUUCUAAAGGUUGUGCAAGGCCUCCGGCCCAAAGGGGGCAGUCCCCGCAAUACUGGCGCAGCACUGCACUUUGUAAAGGACAAUGUCUUUGUCCCAUCUGCUGGGAGUCGGCUCCGGGAAGCCGUACCCCAGAUUCUCAUUCUGUUGACGUCUGGAAGGUCAGAAGAUGACAUCCGAGCUUCGGCAGAUGCCCUUAAGCAAUUGGGAGUGGUGUCUUUGACAGUUGGAAACAGCAAUGCAGACACCCUUGAACUGCAGAUGGUUGCAUUUGAACCUUUGCAUGUUUUCUUGCUUCCUGAUUUUGACCAUCUUCCAAGAAUCCAGCAGCGGCUCUUGACUUUUGUAAGAGGAGUUGUUGGGCAGGAACGAGCAGAAGUGCCGACAGUCUUGGUUGACAGAGAGGGUACCAAACGAGACAUCGUCUUUCUGCUUGAUGCCUCUGAUGACACCACCGAUGGAUUCCCCUUAUUGCGUGAAUUUCUAGUGAAAAUCGUGGAACGUCUUGACAUGGAUGGCAAUAAAGAUCGAGUAGCUGUGAUUCAAUGUAGCAACGAACCAGUAACCAGCUUCUAUCUUAACACAUAUUUAAUGAAACCGGAUGUCCCCUCGAUGCCAUAAGAGCGUUAAGACACCUUGGGGGCCGACUUCGCAAUGCUGGUAGAGCUCUAGUGUUUGUAAAGAAAAACAUCUUUGUACCUUCAGCUGGCAGCAGACACCUUGAUGGAGUCCCACAGGUUUUAAUGUAUGUGUCUGGCGGAAGAUCUGGUGACGAUGUUAGAGCAGCAGUGACUGCUCUGAAGCAGCAGGGAGUCGUGCCAUUUAGUGUUGGAACAAGCGACGCGGAUACGCUUGAGCUGCAGAUGGUCUCCUAUGAUCCUAGCUUUGCCCUGUCGGUGCCAGGCUUUGAUCGACUCGAUUCUGUUCAGCAGCAGUUAUUGUCCAGACUGAAAAGAGUGGACAGGCUGAGAGCCCCUGAGCCCCCCGUCUUAGGUAAGAAUUGCAUUCACCAGCCCUGAAUGUGCCUCUUUACUUCUUGGUUUUUAAAGUCGCCAUUUGCUU